AUGUUUAAAAUUCCAGUGUUGGACGAAGUUGUUAGAUCAUUCCAAAGUUUGGGCGAUGUUAUUAUGGGCGAUGCCGAUGCAGCGGCUCAGAGAUGGAAGAACUGGACAAACGACAGUUUCCUUGCAACAGGAGGGAAAAUGGUUGGGUUAACAGUUGCAUCCGGAGCCACUGCCUUGGUUGGUAGGACAGAUAUAGCGGUUGCUUUAAUCAAAAAAGCUGGAGACAACGGAGAAAAGUUCGGAGCCACCGUAUUGAGUGCAGUUUCACAGGUCGGUGGAAUAGUGGCACAGGCGGUUACCCUAGGGAUAUCCAAUCCAGUAUCCGGAGCUUUAAAUGGCGUAGCUUCUGGUAUUAACACAGUAGUUGAUAAAGAUGCACAAGGUGAAAUAAAUGGCAUCUCAUGGAAAACGCUCGGUAGGGAAAUAGGUGUUGGUGCCGCNUCCUUGCAACAGGAGGGAAAAUGGUUGGGUUAACAGUUGCAUCCGGAGCCACUGCCUUGGUUGGUAGGACAGAUAUAGCGGUUGCUUUAAUCAAAAAAGCUGGAGACAACGGAGAAAAGUUCGGAGCCACCGUAUUGAGUGCAGUUUCACAGGUCGGUGGAAUAGUGGCACAGGCGGUUACCCUAGGGAUAUCCAAUCCAGUAUCCGGAGCUUUAAAUGGCGUAGCUUCUGGUAUUAACACAGUAGUUGAUAAAGAUGCACAAGGUGAAAUAAAUGGCAUCUCAUGGAAAACGCUCGGUAGGGAAAUAGGUGUUGGUGCCGCUAAAGGGGCCGCAAGUGCUGGUGGGAUUAUUCCGUACGCAGGAACGGCGGUUGAACAAAAGAUACGUGGAGAGAAAAUUGAAUUUGACCACAAACAGGAGUGGGCUUACUGGGGACUAAAUGUAGGUCUCUCAUUGGUCACAGUUGGAACACUCAAAGGCACAGCAGUUUUGACCAAGACGGGGAAUAUUGGAGUGAAAAGGGCCGCAGGG